CUCAAACAUCACCUUCAUCAACCUCCAAAAUCGAAUCGAUUUCAGAAUUACUGAACCGAAUCCAACCAACAAUGGCGUCGAAUCUAAACCCAGCAUUUGCCUACACGGUGGUGUACGUGAAGGACGUAGCCAAAUCCGCAGCCUUCUAUUCCAAAGCCUUCGGCUACGCCGUACGUCGUAUAGACGAGUCUCACAGAUGGGGAGAGCUUGAAAGCGGACAGACGACGAUAGCUUUCACGCCGCAAAACCAGCACGAGACGGACGACCUCACCGGAAAAGUUCAGAAGCCGAGCUCCGGGAGUGAGAGGCAGCAGGUUGAGGUUUGCUUUGCGUACCCCGACGUCGACGCGGCCUAUAAAAGGGCGGUGGAGAACGGAGCGGUGGCGGUCAGCGCGCCGGAAGAGAAAGAGUGGGGCCAGAAAGUGGGGUAUGUACGAGAUCCCGAUGGGAUCGUGGUGAGGAUGGGAAGCUACGUCAACGAACCGAAGCAGGGUUAACUUCAGUUUAAUUUAUACAGAUCGAUAUACAUACUCUGUGUGCUGAUGAUGAAUAAGUGUUUUUGUGCUUCCCAGUGUAACUAAUAAAGUUAGAAGAAAGAAGAAUUUGAAGAACUUUCUUUCAUCAA